CUUCGAGGGACUGGAAACUAAUUGGAAAGACAAGAGAGCGAGUACAUUGAAAACUAUAAAAUGAAAAGCAUUUUUUUUUUUUUUUGCGUUUAAAACAAAUAGACGGAGAGUGAAGGAAUUGAACGGAACCUGAAGGUCUUAAGAUGUGUUUUUUAACUGAGUCGCAUUUUUGAACUAUUUUUGAACUGAAUCGCACGUGGCGCGAGACGCGACGCCAACAGCAUCCUUGUGAAGCAAAUGUUGGUAUAUUCCUCUUUUAACGUGUCAGUGCAGAAAACGUUUAGGUUUGUAGAUAUGUUUAUGACAGAUAUUUCCAAAGUGUAGUCUGUGAAGCCCGUGACAGACGCCGAUGAUGCGCGCGUCAGGUGUGCGCGCGCUCGCAGCAUAUCUCCACAUGUGUUUCACUCACAGCAUCACACAGACAGACAACUGAAGCUCAUCUCCUCAUCACUGCAAUUAAAGCGUUUACUUCAGAUGAUUACGAAGAACUGCACGAGAGACAUCAGGAGCCCUGCUGGAGGUUUGGUGUCAUGGCAGAUGUAGAUCUCAUUGGCUUGCUGUGACAGAUUCAUCACUUCGGAGCAGUUGUGGAAACCACUGGAACACUCGUCCCCACCAUGGGGGAGAGACUGGGCCGCCAAACCCCUCUUUUGUCCCGCGGCCGUACGUUCGGAUGGUCCACCUCCAGCAACAGCAUCAAGCUGAAGAACUGCGGGCACAACGGCCACGACUUCCCGGUGCGGAGCUCUCUGCACAGCCUGGAGGAGGCAGCAGCGUCCAGCGCGUCCCUCGCGGCGUCCCGCUCUCCUGUUUCACUGGAACCGGAGCCCGUGGUGAAUAAUGGAUCAAGCGCAGCCGUCGCUCCAGGUGGCCACACAAAGGAGCCACUGGCGCACAGCGAGCGCUGCCAGCCCCUCUCCAUCUCCUCUGUCCCCGCCGCCGCCCGCUUCACGCACAGCCCCUACCACGCCAAGACUAGCAUGCAGGGCGAUGUGUACAAUUUCCUAGAGAGACCCGCCGGCCUGAGGUGCUUCCUGUAUCACUUCCUCGUGUUUCUCAUGGUCCUAGUGUGUCUGAUAUUCAGCGUCCUGUCCACCAUUGAGCAGUAUGCAGACUUCGCCACAGGAUCUCUCUUCUGGAUGGAGAUCGUGCUGGUGGUGUUUUUCGGGACAGAGUACGUGGUCCGGCUGUGGUCAGCUGGCUGUCGGAGCAAAUAUGUGGGCAUUAAAGGGCGUCUGCGGUUCAUCAGGAAACCCAUCUCCAUUAUAGAUCUGAUAGUGGUCGUUGCUUCUGUCGUGGUUCUGAGCGUUGGGUCCAAUGGGCAAGUGUUUGCCACGUCCGCAAUCAGAGGGAUCCGUUUCCUUCAGAUCUUGCGUAUGUUGCAUGUGGAUCGUCAGGGUGGAACAUGGAGGCUUCUGGGAUCAGUGGUUUUUAUUCAUCGGCAGGAGCUGAUCACCACGCUGUACAUCGGGUUCCUGGGUCUGAUCUUCUCCUCGUAUUUUGUGUAUCUGGCCGAGAAGGACGCAGUAGACGAGGAGGGGAGGACGGGUUUUUCCAGCUACGCCGAUGCUCUAUGGUGGGGCGUGGUUACGGUGACUACGAUAGGCUACGGAGACAAAGUCCCUCAGACGUGGAUUGGGAAGGCCAUCGCCUCCUGUUUUAGUGUGUUUGCGAUCUCCUUCUUCGCUCUGCCUGCGGGCAUUCUGGGAUCGGGUUUUGCUCUUAAAGUCCAGCAGAAACAGAGGCAGAAGCAUUUUAACCGUCAGAUUCCAGCCGCAGCCUCUCUCAUACAGACGCUGUGGAGAUGCUACGCUUGCGAGAAGUCCAACGGGUGUACGGCCACGUGGAAGAUGUACGUGCUGACAGGCGACUACAUCCCCAUCAUAAGCUCGGAAAACUCCAGCCCGGGCAACUUCAGACGGCUGAGCAAGCGAUACAAACGGAAGCCCAAGGCCACGCGUGAUAACGGUUCUCUGGGUCCCGGAGGAGAGCGAACCCUUUCCAUCCCGCAAAUCACCUACGACCACAUCGAUGAUAAAGACGGAGUCUUUUCAGAGGAGUCCACAGUAGACCGCCAGCGCUCGUGGUCGGCUUUCACUCUCAGCUGUCCUUCUUCUCCAGUUAAGAAAAAGUUGGACGGCCCCGACAUCUCACGAAACAACAGCCUGGUGGAUGAACUGGACUUCACUGGUGAAGACAUCCCUCUACCUGUAGUGACAGACGCUUCACAACUUUCCCACGCGCACAGAUCUGCCAUCAAGGUCAUCAGACGGAUGCAGUACUUUGUGGCCCGAAGGAAAUUUCAGCAAGCGAGGAAACCGUACGACGUGCGAGACGUGAUCGAGCAGUAUUCUCAGGGCCACCUGAACAUGAUGGUUCGCAUCAAAGAGCUGCAGAGAAGGUUGGAUCACACGUUGGGAAAACCGGGAAUGUUCCUUCCAGAGAAAGGUGUGGAUAAGGAAUAUUAUACAGUGGGAGCCCGACUGAUCCGACUGGAAGAUAAGGUGCUUCAGAUGGACGUGAAGUUGGAGAACAUCCUGAAGAUCUUAAUGGAGCAUUUCCAGCCCAAACCAGAGCUGCUGCAGAAACCCAGCCAGUACAGCUCCCGCGUCACCGUCAUGAAGCGGCUGGGUGUCAGCAUGGACGAGAGCCAAUGACAUGCUUGCAUGGAGAACUCGCACUAUGCAUCGUGGGAAACGGGGUCCGAGAGGAACAACUUGGUGUUUCCUGUUUCUGACUACAAAUUGAACAUCAUCUGUGUAGCCAAGUAGGCGAAGUGGUUGUAUGGAGAUCCUCAGAAUCUCCUAAUCCAAGCUAAACUGUCCGUUUGUCAUCAUUAGGAUGCAUUAUUUGAUUGGUUUUAUGGUCAGCACUCUCACCGAGGGUGUCGUUCGGACCUGUUUUGGUCAAGCAGGGACGGUUCUUGUGAACAAAACAAAGGCUGAAAUCAUAAAUAACAUUUCCAAACUCAGACCGUGAACACGUGCUUUGGGAAUGAAAGCCGCCGUUGAUGUAUGGCUGUGGUAGGGCUUAUCAAAAUAGCAAAACACACAUGAUAGAUUCUAAUGAAGUUUAAUAGCGUGCUGAGAAAGGAGGCUAUUCACGGCUGUUGACGUUGAGAGGAGAGCCAAGAUUCCCAACAGCGGAUCAGUCAGAACUCAAACCAUGCCAUAAUACCGUUUUUUCCCCUUGAAGCACCUUUUAGAUGCAUUUGUUUGAUCGAAUGAUUAUUUUUCUCAUCCAAGAUAAUUAAACGUUGAAAGGCGAGGUGAGUUGACGGAAAAUGCAAUUAAUGAGAUGAAAAAACACGUUCCACUGUUCUUUUCCAGUAACCGCAAAGCCGUCUUGAGGAAAAUACCUUCAUCCUGGAUCUUUUCUCCAGACAUGUUCAUCUGAUGGCCGUUUGUGUUGCACAGAAUUAACAUUGAAUUCAUUUUUUUUUUUUUUUUUUUUUUUUAAAAGCAAAAAGCCACAAUGUUACAGUGAUGUAAGCGUUCUUAUGUCUAAAACCAUGGUAAAAUCACUGUAUCUGACAGCUGCAAGUGGCGUAUUGCUUUUAUGAAACAGCAAUAUGAAAAAUAUGGCAAUGCUCAAUAAAUAGUUUAAACAUUUAUUGAAUAUAAUAAGAAGUGAAAUGAAAAUUAUUACGUUUAAAAAUCAUUUAAAAAAAACGUCUACAUAAUACAAGUACAUAAUAAAAGUUUGGGGUCGGUAAGAUUUUUUAAUGCUUUUGAAAGAAGUCUCUUCUGCUCACCAAGGCUGCAUUUAAUUAAUAAAAAUUACAGUAAAAACAGUAAUAUUGUGAAAUAUUAUUACAACUUAAAAUAACUUAUUUCUAUGUGAAUAUAUGUUAAAAUGUAAUUUAUUUCUGUGAUUCAAAGCUGAAUUUUCAGCAUCAUUACUCCAGUCUUCAGUGUCACAUGAUCCUUCAGAAAUCAUUCUAAUAUGCUUUUUUUAUAUUAACAUUUCUUAUUAUUAUCAAAUUGAAAACAGCUUUAUACUUCUGUGGAAAUACAUUUUUUUCAUCAUUCUUUGAUGAAUAGAAAGUUCAAAAGAAUAGCAUUUAUUUGAAAUAUAAUCUUUUGAAACAUUAAAUAUGUCACUUUUAAACAAUUUAAUAUGUCCUCUUGCUGAAUAAAAGUAUUAAUUUAUAUUUAAAAAAAAUCUAACUGACCCCAAACCUUUGAAUGGUAGUGUAAACAUUAACAUAAUACAUAUUAAAAUAUUAAAUACAAAAUAGCAACUAAUUUAAAAUAUAAUAAUGCACAAUAUGUGGUCACAGGUGUCUGUUUAUUGGUAUUUCAUAUUUUUUAAAUAUAUUUUAACCAUAACCCUUAAUUGUUCUGCACAACAUGAGCUGAAAACCUGAAGAAGAGGGAAUUUUCUGGCUUGUUUUAUGACAUGGCCUGCUGCUGACACGACUCUGUACAGUUUUAUAAAACAAAAAGCAAUGUAAAUAUUGUAGUAAUGCCUUAUAUUUAUAUCCAUGUAGUGCUGAAGGUUUGGAUUCAUGUUCUGAUGGAAUGAUAAACUGUGGUGUAAA